CUUCGCUAGGAAGCUGCUGGAAGAAUGCUGUGACCCUGGGCAGCUCUUUGCUAUGACAAAGCUCAACUCUCCCAUGGGAAAGAACCUCUGGUUUGAUGGAGAAUUUUUAUAUUCUGUCACUAUCGACAAUGCAACUUACUCUCUCUUCCCACAGGCUACUCCCUUCCAGCUGCCACUGAAGAAAUGCUCCGUGGUGGGAAACGGUGGAAUCCUGAAAAAGAGCGGCUGUGGCAAACAAAUAGAUCGAGCAGAUUUUGUCAUGCGGUGUAACCUUCCUCCUCUAUCCAGUGAGUACAGCAAGGACGUUGGAUCGAAAACGCAGCUGGUGACUGCAAAUCCCAGUAUAAUUCAGAAAAGGUUCCAGAAUCUGCUGUGGUCUCGAAAAGCCUUCGUGGACAGCGUGAAGGUGUAUAACCACAGCUACAUCUACAUGCCAGCCUUUUCCAUGAAGACAGGGACAGGACCCUCCCUCCGUGUCUACUACACCCUGGAGGACUUCGGUGCCAAGCAGACUGUCCUCUUUGCCAACCCCAAUUUCCUGCGUGACAUUGGCAAGUUCUGGAAGAGCAAAGGUAUCCAUGCCAAACGGCUUUCCACAGGACUUUUCCUAGUCAGUGCUGCCCUUGGUCUGUGUGAAGAAGUAACAAUUUAUGGCUUCUGGCCUUUCUCAGUGGACCUGCAUGGGAGGUUUAUUAGCCAUCAUUACUAUGACAAUGUCUUGCCCGAUUCUGGAUUCCACGCCAUGCCGGAGGAAUUUCUACAGCUUUGGUUUCUUCAUAAAAGUGGUGUACUGAGAAUGCAGCUAGAACCAUGUGAGGACCCUUUAAUCCAUUCUUCUGCCUGAGGAGUCGGUUUGGGAGAUCCAAUAGUUUUUAAUUUCCGUGCUCUCCACCAGAGAGUUCUGUUUCAUGUUGAUUAUUUUUAAAGGGAAAAUAAUCGUGGAUCUGCAUGGACCAGAAAAAUGCUACUUGAAGGCCAAAUGGAAUACGUCCUUAAUGUUUAGUGCUUUAUGGAACUGAGAUGGGAUGAAGCAUAUCUCUCCAUCAAGUCCAUU